AUGAAUGAGUUGAGCUCUGAAGUUAAAGAAUUAACACCUUCUAGAAGAAUUAAAAAACCUUUAUAUGCUACUGUUGCUAGUUGGGUAAAAAGAGCAUGGGAUAAUAUUAAUAUUGAUUUGAUUAAAAAAUCAUUUAAAUGUUGUAGUGAAGAUAAUUUAAUAUUUGAUUAUGAUAUAUUAAAAAAUAAAACGAAAAAAGCUAGGCAAACAAUUUAUAUUGAUGAAGAAGAAGAAAGUCAAAGUGAAGAAGUCAAUGAUGAUAAUAUAAAAUUUGAUGAUAUAAAUGAAUUUACUGAAUAA